AUCGAAUCAAAUAACAAAAUACAGCGCGGCUCUUGAUUUUCUGACAAUUGCAUUGCUUUAAACCACAUCUCAAAAUCUCGACCAAAAAUACACCCCAAAAUUAAAUAAUCGAAGCUUGAAUUCAGCACCACAAAGCGCAUACUACUCGAACCAAUCACCACAUCUUACGCGCCUGUCAAAUCGAUUCUCACGCGACACUCUUGAUCGCAAACGAGAAACCAAAUCCCCAAUCGCAACAUCACUCGAAAAUCAAGCCACAAUGCCGACGACAAGUCCAGACCACGACAACCGCACCUUCAUGGAACGCAUGUCCGACGCUCUCGUCUACGUCCUCGCCUUCCCCUUCAUCAUCUUCGGCAUCGCACUAAAACGCGCCUUCACACAAGGAGGGGAGCACCACUCGUAUCGCAACAACUUGCCUGCACAAAAGAGGAUCUAAGAGCAUGGGCAUUGGGAAUCUCAAUGGAAGAGUGAGAGUAAUUUUAUGGUUGAGCGGAUGGAGCGGAUGGAGCGGAUGAAUACCCUUUUUGCUUUCUUAUGUGGUUUUGCGAUGGAAGGAAUGAUGGGCGUGUGUGGGAGAUGAGUUCUGGUAGAGGCAUGGACGUCGUUGGCAGAUAUUACACGUCUUCCUUCUGCAACGAUGCGGCCUCUGAUGUGGUCUAGCAGUCGACCACAUUGGCCAUUUUAGUCUGGGACCUCACAAGGCCGCGUCAAGUGUCAGAGGAACUCAGACUCUCAGAGUUACAGAAACACAGAAUGGUCUCGCACGAACUUAGAAUCGUGACAGAAUGUAAUUAUUAAUCUACCGCCGUGCUCACAGUUCUUAAGAGAACCCGCGUAAAGGCGCAGGCGUGCAGAGGUAUCGAAAGUUAUCGAUGCGAAUUGAGAAUGCUGGCAAUUGCGGC